AUGUUCAGAAAUCAGAGAUGCCACCCCUCGUUUUGCUCUGAUUGUGUUGCAAAACAAGUGGCCACAAAAAUUCAGGACAGCAUUGCAGUAGUUUCGUGUCCUGGUUUGGAUUGUAAAAGUGAUAUUGGGCUAGACGCUUGUCGGCCAUGGCUUCCCAAGGACUUGCUUCACAGGUGGGAUCAGGCUCUGUGUCAAGCUGUGUUUCUGGCAGCCCCUAUAUAUUACUGUCCCUUCCAGGAUUGUUCAGCUAUGUUACUGAUUGAGAAUGAGGAAGAAGAUCAUCAACAAGAUAUAGGGGAAGCAGAGUGCCCUAAACUGGAAGAGAAUGAGAUAGUGAGGGAAGAUCUGGUUGUGAGAGAGCCUGCUAAAGAGAAGAAAUGGAGAAGGUUUCCACAGUGUAGCUGUGUAGGCUCUUUGCGGAGAGGAUUGAUGGAUGCUUGCACAUCACUUGCAUGCGCCAGCAUGAGUUUUGCUAGGGGUGUGGAGAACAAUGGACUUCUUCUCGUAUCUGUAUGUUGCCAAGUGAAGUUGGGGAUGGAGGAGGAAGAUUGA